AUGCGAAAGAAUAGGAAGACACAGCUGGUGCCCAGAAUAGUAAAUAGAUUGGACAAGCAGGAAUUUCAGGACUAUAGGGGUUCUUGUUCACUCGCUUUCCUCUUCUCGCAUCAUUUCAUACGCCAAGUUCUGCCACGGGCCAUGAAGAAGCCAAGUUCAUCCAGUGCCGUCUUGAAGGGGGGCUCGGGAAAGAUCAUGAAGGCCAUGAAGGCCAUGAAGGCCAUGAAGGUUGACAGUUCUCGCACAGCGAAGGGCAAAGCCAAGGCGAAAGCCAAGGCCAAGGCGAAAGCCAAGGCCAAGGCCAAGGCCAAGGUCAAGGCCAAGGCCAAGGCCAAGGCCAAGGCCACGGCGGACAAAGAUCCCCGAGAAGAGGCCAUUUGGAUGUGCCAGCAGCUUUCGGAUGGAAAGCUGAAUCCUGAAAGUCUUAAGGGAGGCUAUGUGCUUCUCAGGAAUGAGGCCAAGAAGUGGGUGAACUCGCCCCAAAAUAAGAAGCUGGUGGAUCGUUUGAAGCAACCGGCGGAGAAUUGGUAUCAUUUCAUGUUCGCAUAUGUGUGCGGCUUCAUGAUGGAUGGCACCCUUGAAAUUGAGAGGCAGUACAAGGUCCUUUUCUCAGAUGAGAAAGACAAGCACUUCUUCUCUUGUGGCUUGGAGAGGGGCCAUUUCAUUCGAGAUGCGGCCAAUCUGUUCUUCGAGUUCCUGCAAGCUUACAAAGUGAGUGAUUUCGAGGCUGCCAUCAAGGGUGAAUCUUCUGACAUGAAGUUGCUGGAGAACUUGUUGGUUGAAUAUGCACACCUGCCACAAGACACUUUAGCAUGA